GGAGACCUUCUGUUCGGCCUCACACCAAUCAGCUCUACUCCUCCUCUUCCUCUUCAUCGAAGACUCACCUCCUCCGGCUCGACAGCUCUUCUCCACCAUGGCGGCGCUGUGGCUCCAGUCUGUCUCUCUGCUGGUCCUUCUGAUCGUGUCGUGGUCGGGCACCCAGGCCAACAACCCCCCGCAGCACCUCUGCGGCUCUCACCUGGUCGACGCCCUCUACCUGGUCUGUGGCGACCGAGGCUUCUUCUACAACCCCAAGAGAGACGUCGACCCUCUUCUGGGUUUCUUCCCCCAGAAGGCGGGCGGGGCUGCGGCCGGCGGCGAGAAUGAGGUGGCCGAGUUCGCCUUCAAGGACCAGAUGGAGAUGAUGGUGAAGCGAGGCAUCGUGGAGCAGUGCUGCCACAAACCCUGCAACUUCUUCGACUUGCAGAACUACUGCAACUGAGCAGCCCCCCCCCCCCCCCCCCCCGGCCCUUUGCAUCAGAAGAGCGGCAGUGCUGUCGUCUCUCUGAAACACCAACAGAAAUGCUGAGAAAUGGAUUAAACUAUUUUUCCUAGAAAAUAAAGUUUUGUGAAUUGAAAAAAAA